AUGGCGGCCAUGGCGGCGCACGCCAGAGCACACGGCGGCACCAGGCCUGGCCAAGCCAAGCCCUGGCGACCACCACAGCACCCCAGCGCUGCACCACGCACCCUGGGGAGCGCCAGGAAGAAGGGCCAUGGCCUCUCCAACGCACGGCGGCGGCGGACGCCGAAGGCCCUUGCGCACUGGAGGGUCGAUGGGCGCAGCUCGCUCCCUCCCUCGUCCCCUAGCGGCGCCCUCCCCAUCGAUCUCGGCCACCUCCCGCUCCCGCAGCCCGGCCGCGCGCCUCCUUCUCCGGUGGCCGCCGCUCUCUGUCUGCGCCUCUUCCCGGCGCCGGCCGGCGAGCCCCCGCCCGAGCUCCUCCCCGUCGUCUGCUCUUGUUCCCGAGGCCGCUUGCCUCGUCCGCCUCCUCCCUAUCCUCCUCCGUUUGCCCCGCGCAGCAAGCGCCGCCUCGAGUGCGACGCCUCUACCCGAGCCCCCUGCACGCCACCUCGACCCGAGCUCCGUCCCCGCCUGGACGCCGCCAGCUCCAGCCGGCCGUCCUCUGCUCGGCCGCCACAGGGACUUCAGCGAUACGGAGCCACCGCCAAGACCCGCGUCGACCUCGCCAGGACCGUCUCCGCGCGUGUCUCUGCUCGUCCUUGA